GGCCGCUGCUACGCGUCGCUGAAGCACGUGUGGAGUCCUGGGAGCGUCGCGGGUUCACAUUCUACCUCUUGGCCGCCUGGCCUACUGCUCAUGCACACACGUACCCUUCCUCAGGUCCCUGGCACUAGCCAGACACCAGCACCAUGAGCUUCGUGGCAUAUGAAGAGCUGAUUAAGGAAGGUGACACAGCUAUCCUGUCACUGGGUCAUGGUGCGAUGUUGGCAGUGCGUGUGCAGCGUGGAGCACAGACCCAGACCAGGCAUGGUGUUCUGCGGCACUCAGUUGACCUCAUUGGCCGUCCCUUUGGCUCCAAGGUGACUUGCGGCCGUGGUGGCUGGGUGUACGUGUUACACCCCACACCUGAGCUCUGGACGCUCAACCUGCCGCACCGCACGCAGAUCCUGUACUCCACUGACAUUGCUCUUCUCACCAUGAUGCUGGAACUUCGUCCUGGCUCUGUGGUCUGCGAAUCUGGCACCGGCAGUGGCUCUGUGUCCCACGCCAUCAUCCGCACCAUUGCUCCCACGGGCCACCUGCACACAGUAGAGUUCCAUCAGCAGCGGGCAGAGAAGGCUCGGGAGGAGUUCCAGGAGCAUCGAGUGGGCCGCUGGGUUACCGUGCACACCCAGGAUGUGUGCCGCAGUGGCUUCGGUGUGAACCAUGAGGCAGAUGCCGUCUUCCUGGACAUCCCGUCACCUUGGGAGGCUGUGGGCCAUGCCUGGGAUGCCCUCAAGGUUGAAGGUGGGCGCUUCUGCUCUUUCUCACCGUGUAUUGAGCAGGUGCAGCGCACGUGCCAGGCGCUGGUGGCCUGCGGCUUCACAGAACUGAGCACCCUGGAGGUGCUGCCUCAGGUCUACAAUGUGCGCACCGUCAGCUUGCCCCUGCCUGACCUGGGAGCCAGCACAGGCCCCCCUGCUGGCCCUGAUGCCGGCCCCUUCCGCAGUGGCACGCCCAUGAAGGAAGCUGUGGGCCACACCGGAUACCUGACAUUUGCUACCAAGACCCCAGGCUAGUGGCUGCUACCUGGGAGCACCAGGGAGCUGGGAGAGCUGUGGGCCCAGACAGGGAAGCUAGAGGCCACCUUAUAUGGUCAGCGGAUGCUUGCUGGGCCUGUGUUCAGGAACAGAUUGCAGGGCAGGGCUUGGGUGCCUUCCAGGUUGCUGAGUGGUGGAGGGGCAUCUGUCUCCCCCACUGCCCAGCCCCCAGCCUGAUCCCCACCUGCUCUUUGUUGCCAAAAUGAAGUUUGUACUGCCACAGGCUCUCCUGGCUUUUGGGGCCAAGGAGGCAGGAUCUGAGCCUCUGCCCCAGUUGCCCAAGCAGGAAGGGAUGGAGGAGGAGCUGAUGCCCCCUGUCUCUGCCCCCUCUGCUGUGGCUGCUCCCAGGCUCUUGUGUGGCCGAGGCUCCACACUGGUGUUCUCUGGGCAUGGCCAGAAGCUGGGGUAGAGCUGACUGGGGAGCCCUGCCCUACCCCUCUCCCUCCCCAGUGCCACUGGGGACCAGGAAAGGUGACCCUGCUCUCUGGCCUCCAGGCUGACUCCACAGCAUUAGGCACUGCCUAGACCUAAUGUGUCCCCUCCUGUCUGAGGGGCAGAGUGUAGCCCCUGUUGGGCAAGCCCCUUAAUGUGUCAUCAGUGAGGUCAUAUGUCACACAGAGGAACAAAGAAGGACCGUUAUUUGCUUCAAGUGACCUAGGAAGUCUGUACUGGAGCUGGGGUUUGGACCAGCCUGGGCAUCCUAGACCUACAUGGGCAGCCCUGCCUGUCCCAGGAGCCUGGGGUACUCAUCACUUUCCCUGCCAUGUGGCCCUGCGCCUGGUCUCCAUGUGAACAGCAGCAUCACAGAAGGACCAGCACCUGAGUCAGGCCAUGGCGUAGCCGUGCAGCUGCCAUUGCUGCAUGGAAGGCCUGGGUGUGUGGGGAGGGAGCCUUGGGCAGUGUGUGGCACUGGGCCAGUCCCCAAGUGUGCAUGACAACAAUAAACGUGCCGCUCCCAUGCACUGACUGGUUCCCUGGCUAUGGAGAAGCCACCCCAGCUGGAGUCCAAGCUCGGCCCUCCUUCCCAUACCUUGCUUCUUCCUCUCCUUG